AAUAAGUGAAAUAGAAUUUAAAGAAGAAUAUAAAUCAGUAUCUCAAUUAAUAGAUGAUGAAUUAUUCUCUCAUUUCGACCUGAUAAACCUAAAACAAUUCGAACCAUUAUGGCAAGAAAAAAUAAUAAGCAUGGGUGUCAUCAGACCUACAAGGACUUUAUAUAUUGGCAUAGAAGAAACUUAUGUUUUAGUGUUAAGAAAUCUCGCUAAUAAUCCCUUAAAUUAUUUAUGGGGCGAAGCUAAUGGUUUAGAUUCAACAAAAAUGAAACUUUGCGUAUGUCCUGAAAAAGGAGAAAUAUUGGCUGGAAAUAUCCAAAAAAUGGAGAUAAUUAUUACACCUAUAAAACAGGGAAUCGUACAAUCAUUAUUUAUACCAUGUUUUGUAGGAGAUUUGCAUAAAAUAAUAAUGUUAGGAAUUGAAUGUUUUAUUGAACCACUUUAUGUGACGUUUUAUUUUCCUUUAAAUGACAAAACAUCAUUAGAAUUAAAGAAUAAUUUUAUUAAAAUCGAAUGGCGGACAGACAGUUUUAAAUUCGCUUUUGAUAUGGCAGGAAAAUCUAAAAAAUAUAUGAAAAUAUUAAACAAGUAUAAAAAUCGAGAAGAACGAGAAAUAAUGAACAUGGAUUUAGAUCAAGGAGAGAUUCUUAAAGAUGCUUCAACAGAUCCUUUGAUACAAGAAGUGGUUGUUGAGGAAUCAAACGAAUAUUUUCCGAGUACUUCAGAAAUCAAUAGUUUUCAAACAAGCAAUCUGAGAGUACAAAUUGAUAAUAAUUAUUCACAAAAUAUAAUUUCCUCUGGAAAUAUCAUACCAUUUUAUCAAAGAUAUCUUCCAUUAAUUACACAGUCUAUUGUAAUAGAAUUUUUAAAUUUACCAUUAAGAACAGUGCGAAAGAAAACUUUUAUAAUAAAAAAUGAAACUUUAAUUCCAACUAAUUUUUGGCUUAGUAUAAAAAAUUUUUAUCCUAUCAGAUGUACAUGUGAAUGGAAAUCAAAAAAAGAUUUAAUUAAAUCUAUUUAUAAGCGAGUGUUUGGUCAAAAAAAAGGAUUAGUAGAAGAAACAUUAUAUAAAGCAAAACAACCUGGAUCAGGUAUAGUAAUUUAUGUCGAUCCUUUAAAUUCAGAUAUUGGCCCUUUCAAAGCCAUAUCUGUGGAUAUUUAUGUUUUUGCUGAUACAUGGGGUAUUUAUAUGGAUGAAUUAGAAAUAAAUAUUAUUGGUUUACCAAAAUAUACCGUAGGAAUAUGUGUACAAGUUGUUGGAUCACCAAUUACAUUAUCAAUUUCUGAUAGAAAUGAAUUUAAUAUACCUGUUAUUAAAUAUGGAGUUGAAGCUAUAGGUAUGCGCCUAAAUGACAGAAAAAUAUUAUUGACAAAUACAAGUGUAGUACCUAUAGCUAUUAAUUGGCAUACAUUUUUAAUUAAACCAAUUAUAAAAAAAAUGCCUUUUAAUGUAGUAUUUACCAUCCAGACUCCAUUUACUGACAAAUUAGCAUCACAACUAAGAUUAAAUAAUAAAAAAACUGAGAGUGAAAUACACUUAGAAGAACAUAUAAAUUUUUCUUCAUCAAAGAAUUUAAAUACAUGUGAUUCUAUUGAAAUUAAUGAUAUAACUGACUCUACAACAUCUAGUUAUAUGGAAUCCUCUUUUAUGACUUCAUCUGGGAUAUCUAAUGAUGAAAUUCUAAUAAAUAAACAUUCCAAAAACUGUAAUAAAUGUGACAAUUUAAAGUGUAAACAUGAUUGUAAAAUUUAUCUCAAAUGCAAAAACUCAAAUACAAAUAAACAACAUGACAUAGAAUUAAAAAUUUCAAUACUUCCUUAUUAUGGUUUAAUUAAUACAAAAAUUUGCAAAGUAAGAAGAUAAUUAAAAAAACAUAUUCUUUAAAUAUGAUAAAAGAAUUUUAUUUUUAAUUUAUUUUUCAAGGUUACUCCCAAAGAAAUGUUCAUUUCACCCAAAAGUAGUGCAUCUUUAACUAUUAAUAUACAACUUGAUAAAUAUAAAUUUAUCAAGGAAAUUGAUGAAUUUAUUGAAGGAGAAUUUUUUUUGCAAAAUUCUUGGAUUUUUACGAAUUUCACCAAGCGAUAUGUUUGUACAAUUAGCUAAUAAUAUAAAUUAAAAAUUUAUAGUGAAUCAUAGGAUAUUUCUUUAUAAUAGGUAUAGAAAAAAUUAUUAUAUUAGACAGAU